GUUGCUUAGGUAGAAAGCAAAAAACAUUUUCGAUUUGAUAACGAAAUGGUUAAACUUAUUCACGGGUACGUGUCUCUUGUGAUUGGUUGGUAGUUUUUUGUAUUUCAACUUCAUUGGUUGGCUUUAUGUGACAAGUGGCGCCUACUGGUAUCAAAUUUCUUGACCAUAUCACCCGGUAGGAUGUAUUUGGACCGUAAGCAGUAUUUUUCAUUUGGUUGAGGUAUUUGUUUUUUAUACGAAUUUUUAAAGUAUUUAAAUGGCUUUUUCGAAGCUUUGCAAAUUCAUCACGCAUUGCAAAGAAAAUAUUACUCAACCACGCAUUGCAAAGAAAAAAAAAAUGAUGGAGAUUAUCUUUGGACAAGCUCUGUUUCUCCUCUUUUGUUUUAUCUUAUCAACUUGCCUUAUCUACACCACAUCAAGAUCCCGGAGCUCUCGCAAGGUUGCUCCACCGCCUCCAGGACCUCCGCGACUGCCCAUCAUCGGAAACAUUCACCUUGUCGGUAAAAAUCCACACCGUUCAUUCGCCGACCUCUCAAAAACAUAUGGACCAAUCAUGAGCCUUAAAUUUGGAAGUUUAAACUCUGUGGUUGUAACUUCACCAGAAGCUGCAAGAGAGGUUCUAAGAACACACGACCAAAUCUUCUCUAUCCGUAGCCCCCCUAACUCGAUACGGUCCAUUAACCACCACGAGAUUUCCGUUGUCUGGCUUCCACCAUCGUCGUCUCGUUGGAGACUAUUAAGAAAACUAUCGGCAACGCAGCUCUUCUCGCCCCAGCGUAUCGAAGCCACGAAAACAUUGAGGGUGAACAAGGUGAAGGAGCUUGUUAGCUUCAUGAGUGAAAGCAGCGAGAGAGAAAAAGCUGUUGAUAUUUCUCGUGCAACCUUCAUCACAGCUCUUAAUAUCAUAUCAAACAUUCUAUUUUCUGUCGAUCUCUGUAGCUACGACUCGAAAAAAUACAAUGGGUUUCAGGACGCGGUGAUUGGUGUCAUGGAAGCUAUCGGGAAUCAAGACGCUUCUAACUACUUCCCAUUUUUGGGGUUUCUUGAUCUGCAAGGUAAUAAAGAGACUAUGAAGGCUUGCUCGGAGAGGUUGUUUAGAGUUUUCCGUGGGUUAAUAAAUGCUAAGAUAGAGGCAAAAUCAUUGCGGAAUAACCCUAAAGAUGUCUCGGACAGAGAUUUCUUGGAUACGCUUCUCGAACUUACAGAAGGAGAUGAAGCAGAGCUCAACACUAACGAUAUUGAACACUUUCUCUUGGACCUGUUUGGAGCGGGAACAGAUACAAACUCUAGUACCGUGGAAUGGGCUAUGGCAGAGUUACUUCGAAGCCCUGAAACAAUGGCAAAAGCUCAGUCUGAGAUCGACCGUGUGAUCGGUCAAAAAGGUGUUGUUGAAGAGUCUGAUAUCUCGGAACUACCCUAUUUACAAGCAGUUGUGAAGGAAACAUUCCGGUUACAUCCGGCUGUUCCGCUUCUCGUCCCACGGAAAGCGGAAUCAGAUGUGGAGGUUCUUGGAUACCUCGUACCUAAAGACACUCAGGUUUUGGUUAACGUGUGGGCUAUGGGACGAGACCCUAGCGUGUGGGAGAAUCCGACCAGGUUCGAGCCAGAGAGGUUUUUGGGGAAAGAAAUGGACGUGAGAGGUAGAGAUUAUGAGCUUACACCAUUCGGAGCCGGAAGGAGAAUUUGCCCGGGAUUGCCUUUGGCUGUGAAAACAGUGCCUCUUAUGCUUGCUUCACUUCUCUGUUCCUUUGAUUGGAAGCUUCCAAACGGCGUCGCUUCUGAGGAUUUGGACAUGGACGAGAGCUUUGGUCUCACGUUGCAUAAAACCAAUCCGUUACAUGCCAUUCCCGUCAAGAAACGUGCCAUUAAUUAGACAUUUAGUCUAUUUUUUUUUAUUUUUUUUUUAACGUACGAAUUAAAGUUUCACAAAAAAAAUACAAUUAUUUACCUGAUUUAGAAUAAGAAACAUAUCAAAUGUGAUUCGAAAAUCCAAGUCUUGGAAUAAGACAACCGCAAUGAGAGAAAUUGAUUCAGCGA